GACAACGGAGCGCGAUCUUUUCUACUGUCUUCAAACUGGGGUGACUCCGCCCGAAUUACACGGCUCGGUGCAGCCCCGGGCGGGGCUGUGGCGUUAUUAUUCAUGUUGUCAAGGAGGGAGAUCACUAGGAGAAAGAGAAAGAGAGAGAGAGAGUUCCACUCGGAUAAUCUACAGAUCCAAAGUUAUAAGCGAUUGCGUGAGUCUACAAUAAUGCGGCGCUCAAGAUGAGUCGCCAACAAGACUCAAAGGGAGUCAUCUUGACCGGGUACUUCAGCAACAGCGAAGUUGUACCGCCUCUAACGGGACUAAACAAUGUCGAAGACAGCGAGUCUCCUGCUCUAAGGAGGAGUGGUCACUAUAGUGUACAGGCCAAAGACAAACAUGGCCCCACCCCUGGCCUUAGCCCCACCCCUGGGUCCAGCCCUAUCCUCAAACCCACCCAUCUCUCCCCCGCAUCAAACUCCACCCACCUAUCAGGCUCUGCCCCCUCCUGCAAGCUGCCCUAUCAGCGAUGCAGCUCACAGGACUCCCUGGAUGAGCUGGCCAUGGAUGACUACUGGAAGGAGGUGGCGCACAUCAGCUCCAGCCGGGGGGGAGAGGGGGCAGAGGGGGCAGAGGGAGGAGAGGGGGAGGCCCAGGAGGAGGUUCAGCUGAAGGUGCCUGAAGAAGGGGAGCAGGAAGAGGCGUGGCUAGAGGAGGCGGGACUUGCCAUGCUGUUUGAUGAUUCGUCGAUGGAGAAGGAGGACAGUCUGGUGCUGCUGUCCACUCUGACGCGCACGCAGGUGGCAGCCGUGGAGCGGCGGCUCACCUCGCUGACGCUACGCAAGCGGAAACACACACACCACGUCCCCGACGUACGGGACAUCUUCAGACAGGGGUCAAAGGAGCAAGAGGCCCCGCCCACAGCAGGAAGUGAGACCAGGAAUGAGGAAGCAGCUUCUGCUGGAGUAGACCAGGGAAGGGUAGAGGUGGAGACUGACCUGAACCUGGAGGUGUCCUUCUCAGAGCAGGCCCUCAGCUACAGAGAGGGGUCAAAGGUUGCAGAAGAGGCCUCAUGUGACACAGAUGACCAACUUCCUAACUUCAAGCUGAUUCGGGACAAGACAGGGCUGACCAAGGUGGGGGACCUUUCACCCCAGGACAUGAAGAAGGUCCACCGCCUGGUCCUCAUCGAGAUGACGGCGCUCUACGACACGGCCGGGAUCGACCUCAAGGCUCACAAGGCCGUCAAAUUGAAGGUCAAAGAGUGGGGUCUUUUUGGCGUGCCCCUGGUCACCCUCUUGGAGCAUGACCAGGGCAGAGCUCCAGGAACCAGGGUCCCCAUCAUCCUGCAGAGGCUAAUCAACCACAUAGAGGAGGAGGGUCUGGACACUGAGGGCCUGCUAAGGAUACCUGGAUCAGCCACUAGAGUCAAGGCGGUGUGUCAGGAUCUGGAGGCUAAUUUCUAUGAGGGCGUGUUUCCCUGGGAGACCCUGAAGCAGCACGAUGCUGCCAGCGUGCUCAAGCUGUUCAUCAGAGAGCUGCCCCACCCCCUACUCACUGUGGAAUACCUCAACGCCUUCAUAGCUGUGCUCAAACUGCCCACUAAGAAGCAGCAGCUUCAGGCUCUCAACCUGCUGGUCUUACUCCUGCCAGAGGCCAACAGAGACACUCUCAAGACCCUUAUGGAGUUCUUCCAGCGAGUCAUAGACCACAAGGAUCAGAACAAGAUGACACUCAACAAUGUCUCCGUGGUGAUGGCGCCCAACAUCUUCAUGUUCAAAGGCUUCCGCAGUAAAAUCAGUGAGCAGCAGGAAUUCUCCUUGGCAACCGGCAUCGCCAACAUCGUCCGUCUGCUAAUACGCUACCAGAACCUGCUAUGGACGAUCCCCAAGUUCAUCAUGAAUCAGGUGAGGAAGCAGAAUGCAGAGAACCAGAGGAAGACAAACAAGGACCACGCCAUGAGGAAGAUCCUGAGGAGGAUGGCCUACGAUCGCGAUAAGAGCGACAAGCCUGACAGAGGCUCUGCUGAGCAGGACAGUGUCCAGGGCUUCAUACGUGUUCAGGCUCCCCAGUUCUCCAAGGUGUCCAUGGCUGUACAGCUGACUGAGAAGCUGCAAGCUGCUGACGUGCUCACACGAUUUCUCAGCCAGGACAGCUGUGUGUCUGUGAAGAGGGAGGACCUGUGCCUUUAUGAGAUAGGAGGGAAUAUCAAGGAGCGCUGUUUGGAUGAGGAGACCUACAUGAAAGACCUCCAGGAGCUUAAUCCCAGUGCAGAAUGGGUAAUCAAGGCUGCUCUGCGAUAGGACGCCUGCCCGCUACACACCUGCCUUGCUACGUCUGAUUGGAUGCCUGCCUGCCCUAGUAACCGCCCAAUCAGUCUGAUAGGCUUUCUGUUGAUAUACAGCAACACAGAAGAAUGUGGGUGUCGUCAAACAAGAGAAAAGGGAAACUACAGCCAAUGAAUUUGGACUGAACCCACCCCACCCCUACCCUUCCAUGACCCCUCACCUAGCCCCCUCUUCUCAACUCCGACCUAACAAGGAACGUGACUGGCCCGUGAACUGUGGUUAGGGGUCAGGUGUGUCACAUGAUUGACGAUGCACCUGCUAGUGCUGUAAGCAGACGAAACAGCUGAUGGUCAUGAAUGAGCUCAAUAUAUUUUCCACAUGGAACAACAUCUAUUGUAAACGACUCAGUCUAGAAUUCUCUCCCAGAGUUCCAGAAAGUUCUAUUUGGGCUCCCCUACAGAAACAAAUGACUCUACACAGUACUGAGUUAUCUGGGAGAGAAGUCCACUCCUGGGACACACAGUAUCUGUGGAACUUGUUGAUUGUCUGUAGUGUGGAGCCACAGAACAACAGGGUGGUCUUCUCCAUACCCCCCCCCCCCCAUGAGAGAGGGCAGAGGGCAGAUACAGAUAGAAACAGACAGUUUCUUCACCUGGUUCCCAGCAGUCUGUGCUGUUAGAGCAGCUGCAGUAGCAACUCCAUCAGUGAUCCCUGAUAAUCUGACAGGGAUGUGUGGUCUCAGCAUGAGCACCCACACACACUCACGUUCUAGGGUGCUCCGCUUAUGCAUGCAUACACACACUAACCCAUGUGGUUCUAGCAUGGUGAACUAACCACCUCUCAUAACAUAGCUUUAGCCUGCUACACCUUGAAGAUGGCAAUCUGGUGGCAAAGGUAGACAGUAUUCAUACUGAGGAGUUUAAUGGAUUAAGCUCUUGCAUGUCAUAGCUAUCUGGCUACAGCACAUAGUAUUUUAAUGUCAGACUAAAGAUCAGAUGUUGACUGAUAAGUCGACCUGUUGGUCAACAUAAAGCAGAACCCUGGGUAAUCUCUAGAGAACACUAAUGUUGAUAUGUUGUUGUUGUCCAGGGUUCAAAGCCCCCCUCGGUACACACACUGACAGACACACACACACUGACACUGCCAUUCAUUGUGGUGGAGACAGAAGGACUCAAAGUGUUUAAUAAGCGAUAUGUAAUCUUGUGUUUGUGUAGCAUGUUCAGCCAGCAUCAGGAAAGGAAAGACCACUGUACUACAGCUCACAGCAUCUCUUUAUUACCAAGACCAAUUAGAUGAGAGCGAUACAAAAGAUGAAUGAACUCUCUGUAACAUGUUGAUUUGACCAACUAUUCCUCUCCUGUCCUGUCUACUGUGAACAUAGCUGGGUCAGUAAUCUUAUGACUGUCCUGCAGCUUCUGAAUAACCACUAAACUCCCUGUAAAUAAAGAAAGCAUGAAAUGAU